AUGUCAGUACAGGCACCGGCACAUGCGUCGUCUUCCUUGACUGCGGCGCAGAGAAAAUGCUUGGAAACCUCUAGAUUGGAAGCCUACGCGAAGAAGGCUCGACGAAUGGUCAUUGGGAAGUCGCCGCUGCCGCAGAGGUUGCUGGGGCCGGGGCAACUCUUUCCCGAAUCACCGGCGGGAUACGUGCCCGACGAAUGGAAAACCAUCGACGUUCUGAAGUAUGUACACCCCCAUGCCAGAGACACGCGCAUGAACACCCAGCGUACUGGCUGGGGCACGAACUUCCAGAAUCCAGUCGGCGUUCGCGAGCGAAGCUCCGACGAUCCCAACUCCUCGGUGUCUCUUGCCGACCAGCACAUGAACUCGAGAGCACCAAGGACCUACACCCUCAAGCCGAAGCUAAAAUCCUCCACCUUCUCUCAGGUGCCGCCACACUUGCUCGAGAGUUCGGGCACGAGCAGCGCUUACAUCGCCUCGAUUGUGGCGGGCAGGCAUCUUGGGCAGAUGGAGGACACAGAGCCCAUGGAACAGGAUGCCAGGCUAGUGCAGACGGGGGCCGGCGAAGACCCCAACUAUGACAGGCUGUGCCCAACUGCAACCACGGCCGAGCUUGGAGCGAGCGCACCCCGUGGCCCCGGAGGGCAUGAUCGACCAAUGGGAGGACUACGUCGUCAUCCGGUACAACUGGGCCGACGCCAUCGCAAACGAUGA